GCUUCAAAUAUUGUCCCUCGCGGCCAAUCGUUGCGGCGUUUACACGUUUUUGCUUCCGGGAUAAGGAAAGCACCUGGAAGCUUUUCUUUUUGACACCAUUUUGGAGAACAUUCGCUUGACUCGGUUCCCGCAAUGGUUUAUUUGGCUCUAAACGUGACGAGGUCGUCCGCGUCUCUACGAAAGCUGUGCGCGAUGUCACGGAGGCUCAACGGGAACGUCCGCGGACGGUGCGCGGACGCGGGUUCUGGCCCCACGCCGGCGGCCCCCCCGCCAGAGAGCGGCGGCGGGCCCCCCGCGGCCCCCGCCCACUGCUGCAUGAGCGGCUGUCACAACUGCGUGUGGAUCGAGCACGCCGAGCGGCUUUUGGCCUUCUACAACGACGGAGGCGAGCGAGCGCUGGCCGCCGUGGAGGAGAACGUCCUUGACGACAACCUCAAGGCCUUCUUGAAGAUGGAGAUACGACUCCUCAACAAGACGUGAGCGCGGCCGCGGGCGCGAACCUUUCAGAAUGAAGACGACCGAGCGCAAGACUUUGGAGCGUCUGAGCGUCAAACGUUGUCGGGACGAGACGGGCGGACGGGCGGGAUUCGCGAACGCCCGCUACGACGCCGGGACGAUGGAGCGCUCGCCAUCAAACGCAUACGCGUUCUUACUAUGAUUAUAUGCACAUAUUUAUCCUAUUGACGCGUUGCCAAUUAAACGCUGCCAGAUCCGA